AUGGCACGUGAAAGUGAUUGUGAUUCGAUCAGCAAGCGCAUGAAGGAACUCGAGGCGGAUGAGUUCCUCCUGGUGGAAGACGAAACUAGAACGAGUUUGUUUCCUAUCCGCUAUCCACAAUUCUGGGAAUGGUACAAGAAGGCUCAGGCGUCCUUUUGGACGGCGGAGGAGAUCGACAUGUCGUCAGAUAUGAAGGAUUGGGAGAAGCUAACUGAUGGAGAAAUGCACUUCAUAAAGAAUGUUCUUGCCUUUUUUGCUGCCAGUGACGGGAUCGUGCUUGAGAACCUUGCACUGAGGUUCCUCAGGGACGUUAAGCUUCCGGAGGCCAAGUUCUUCUACUCGUUCCAGAUAACCGUCGAGAACAUUCACUCCGAAACUUACAGUCUGUUGAUUGAGCAGUACAUCAAAAACGAGGCGGAGAAGGACAGGCUCUUUAGGGCCAUAGACACCAUCGAUGCUGUGCGCGACAAGGCCGUCUGGGCGGCCAAGUGGAUGACAAACGAUAACCCGUUUGCGGAGCGUAUUGUUGCUUACGCCGCUGUUGAAGGUAUCUUCUUCUCCGGCAGUUUCUGCGCCAUCUUCUGGCUCAAGAAGCGCGGUUUGAUGCCGGGUCUGACGUUCAGCAACGAACUCAUCGCCAGGGAUGAGGGGCUGCAUGCCGACUUCGGAUGCUUCAUCUACAAAAACCUCAAGCACAAGUUGCCAGAGGACCGCGUUCAGCAGAUUAUCAUGGAGGCUGUCGCCGUAGAACGCGUAUUCAUUUGCGACUCGCUGCCAUGUGACCUCAUCGGAAUGAAUUCGGUCGUGAUGACGCAAUACAUUGAGUUCGUCGCCGACAGGCUACUUCAGGCACUCGGUGUGCCCCCAGUGUACAAAGUCAAGAACCCCUUCGACUGGAUGGACCUGAUCUCGGUUCAGGGUAAAACUAACUUCUUCGAGAAAAGGGUCGGCGAGUACCAAAAGUCUGGCAUCAUGGCAAACGUUGAGGAGCAGAAAUUCGCUACUGAUGCGGACUUCUGA